CAGUGUUUUUGAUGGGAAACGCGUACUUUGGGAUUAGUGUAUAAUGGCCGGUACUUAUAAGAAUUUCCUAAAAUUAUUGGAAAGUUGGCCUUUGGAUACAUCAAAAUCAGGAAGGGACCUAAGCCAGCAUAUUCGCGAUCAGAUAAAGAUCGCCUUUUCGAAAGGAGAAGCUCAGAAUCGCGUAGACCAGGAGCAGUGUAAUCGCUACCUCAAUAGUUUAAAACGAUUGAGUGCAAAUCAGUAUGCGAAUCUCUAUCCGCGUAUUUCAUCUAGCACUGCAAGUGGACUUACACAUGAUCAGUGCAAUUUAGCCCUAACUCCAGAAUUACAAGAGCAUUUUCAAGAAGAAGAUCAGAGCUACUUACGGAAAUUGAUGAAAAAGGUCAAAAGAACGGAAAAAAAUGAUAUCCAGAGUUCUGAUAAAGUUUAGAGGUCACCUCUUCAAUCUCGAUUCAGCUGGUCACUUUACCUCAGACAGAAGAUGUUCUUCUCACAUGCAUCAGGUGAAACCCAAAAGGCAUCCUCACACCCCAGUGAUGGCCACCGAGGUUUUAAAAUACUUAAAUCUAUCUCCCGGAGAAACUAUUGUCGACAUGACCUUUGGUGCUGGUGGACAUUCUAGACGAAUUCUUGAAUCAGUACCGGAUGUCAAAAUUUUUGCUCUCGACAGGGACCCCGUCGCUCAUGAAUUCGCUCAAGAACUGGCACUCGAAUAUCCAGAACAAGUAUUUCCACUCCUUGGCAGGUUUUCCGAAUUGCCAGAUUUAUUGAAGGAACGAGGGGUGGCAGCUAAUAGCAUUGACGGAUUCCUCUUUGAUUUCGGUUGCUCCUCGAUGCAGUUCGAUGUGGGCGAGAGGGGAUUUUCAGUUGCUAAAAAUGGCCCUCUGGAUAUGAGAAUGGACAGCUUCAGAUGUCCUGACCAGCCAACAGCUGCCGAUGUUAUCGCCAGGGUCAGCGAGGAAGAUUUAGCUCGCAUCAUAAAGAUCUACGGAGAGGAGAAGCAAGCUAAAAAAAUUGCUCGUGCACUCGUCGAAGCUAGAUACAUGCUCAAGAAACUCGAAACGACACAAGAGUUAGCUGAUCUUGUUAAUUCUGUUUUGGAAGAUGACACCCGAAGUGACAUGCUUGGUAGACCGCAGCACAGCGCUACGAAAACGUUCCAAGCAAUCAGAAUAUUUGUCAACAACGAGCUGAACGAGAUUAAUUACGGAAUAUUCGUGGCUCAGGCUUAUCUGAAAAUUGGAGGCCGUCUGAUAACCAUAUCCUUUCAUUCUCUGGAAGACACAAUUGUCAAAAGACAUAUAUCUGGUAAUUUGAUAGCACAUCAGUCGACCAAGUUACCUCUGGAGUAUAACAAUUACCUCAAGAGUUUUUCGGAGAACGAGAUUAUGGAUAGUAACAAGUCACCCUGGCAUAUGUUACAUCCGCAUGUCCUAGUGCCAGAACCAGAUGAAGUGGAAAGCAAUCCUCGGAGUAGGUCAGCGAGGUUCCGAGCUAUUGUUAAAAUUAAUAACGCCUAGGGUAGUGUGUGCACUUUUAUGGCAAAAUAUUAUAGGAAAAUCAUUAUAGACCUAUUCUGCUGUCCCAAAUUCAAAAGUAUCUAGAGUUUCUGAAAUUUUAUGUCGGACGUGAAAACGCGUUUUAAGUUUUGCUAAAAAGAAUAAACAUGAUGUUCAGAAAAAGAUGGAUCUUUUAGAUUAAUUAAACGUAAAAUUAUCUAUUGGCGCAAAAAAACUAAUUUUUAUUUAUAUAUUUUUUUUUCAAUUUAAGGGGAUUGAAGUUUUUGUUAUAAAUGUGCUUAUAUGUAUAUUUAAAAUAUAUUUUAAAACCUAAAAACGUUAACCAUCUUCUCGCCGCGCAUGCGCAAGUAGAUACACGAAAUCUAAAAUUAUCGCGAACGUUUGACCUUGAAAGAUACGUAAAUAUUUUUCUAAUCGGAUGAACUAUAUUUUGAAUCCUAUAUUAUGAAUUUGGGACGGCCAUCUUGGGGUUGUUUUGUGGAGUUUAAAACAGUUAUUAUGUACGAAAAAUAAAUCUUCAUAAAAAGCAUGCUGCGAAAAAACACAUUUUUGUCAAAAA